CAAGUAACGAACAUCAGUUUCAUUAAUACGCCGAUUGCGAUUGGUUUACUCGUCCGAAAGUAUAAUAAAAAUGGCGAAUUUCUCAGCCAUUUUCGCACUGCUUCUCGCAGGAUGCUCUAUUCAAUCGGCAAACUCCCAAUGCGCCUUAGAUGCACCCCUUGUGCAAGAGAUCAAAAACUAUGAAGCCAGGGUUAGACGAAUCGUCGAUACUGUCCUCAGCGGAAGUUUUAAAGGGAAACUUUUCAACGAUACAGCCGAAUUCGUUGAUACCGUUGGGUCUAGAGUGGUUGGAUCGCAGGGCUUAGACAAAGGCAUAGAUUAUAUGCUGAACUGGAUGAGUCAACAGGGUUUUGACGAUGUGCAUGGCGAAGAGAUUAUUACCCCGAAUUGGAUACGAGUCAAUGAAUCUUUGGAGAUGAUUGAACCGAGGUAUCAAAAGCUUAGUAUCUUAGGAUAUGGCAGAUCCGUUUCAACGUCAGGACCAUUAACUGCUGAAAUUAUAGUCGUUAGAGACUACACUGAGUUGGAACAGCGAGCUGAUGAGGUGCGCGGAAAGAUAGUCGUCUAUGACCACACCUUUGUCACUUACUCGUACAGCACACUGUACAGAAAUUCUGGAGCUAUAGAGGCAGCGAAGCGAGGUGCUGUUGCCGUACUUGUAGCGGCCGUUUCAAAUGCGGCAAUGGAUUUACCACACACCGGUGGAAUGGCGUAUUCUAGUGAUGAAACCAUCCCAAAGAUACCAAUGGCAUCCAUAAGUGUGGACAGUGCUCGAAUGUUGGGGCGUAUGCACCGAAGAGGAAACCCAAUACGACUAAGGCUUUACAUGGAAAACGUACACCCCGGAAACACAGUUUCGCGGAACACGUUCGGUCAAUUGACUGGAUCCGUCUUUCCCGACGAAAAAGUUAUCAUUUCAGGACAUAUUGACAGUUGGGACGUUGGCCAAGGAGCUCAAGAUGAUGGCGGUGCCGUCGUAAUGGCUGCCCUUGUAAUAAGUUUGUUGAAACAUUUAGAACUGACUCCAAGGCGAAGCAUUCAAGCGGUGGGAUGGACAUCGGAAGAAAAUGGACUCGUUGGAAUUCAACGUUACAUCGAUCAACAUCUGGACGAAAUCAAUGCCGGCCAAAUUGCCGCAGCUUUCGAAUCUGACAGCGGUUUAUUCGUUCCACUUGGAUACGAUUUUGCUGGUACCGAUCUGGGUGCCUGUAUCGUCCAAGAGAUUUUGAAAUUGUUUGACGCAUACAAUUUUACCAGAUUUGAGAGAGGCACCAGAGUCGGUUCGGAUAUCAGUUACUUAUCCGAUCGAAAUGUACCAACCUUUAACUUCGUCACGGACAACGAAAAAUAUUUUUGGUACCAUCAUGCCGAAUCGGACACAAUGUCUGCAAUGGACACCGAUGAAUUGGAUCAAUGUCUGGCCGUUUAUGCAGCUAGUGUGUAUGUCAUUGCUGACUUAAGUCAAAAUUUAAUAAGUCGUGCGGAUACAUCAGAUCCGAAUGCAGCCAAUCUUACAACUUCAGCGGUUAUCUUUCCGAUUGUUUCACUUUUAGUUACUUUUAUGAAAUACGCUCUGUACACAUGAGGUGACGUGUAGAUCCAUUUUUCGUUCAAUAAAUGUUUCGUAAAUAUUAGCGAA